UAGGUUCUUCUCGAAUGGCAAAGAUCAUAAGGAACCACUGUGGCGAGGAACUGAACUAUCAGCACUGGAAAAGCCAUCAUCUGGAUUCAAUGUUUCGUCGGCUUCCUCGCUAAAGCAAGACAGUGCACUGACGUGGGGGGAAAAUAGGUGGUUAAAACAUUUAAAGUUGGGGGAUCUAAGGUAUUUCCGGAGGAGCCGGAGCCGUGGCGCAAAAGGAUACUGGAUCCCUCUAGUGAUAUUGUGUUGAAAUGGAACCGGGUUCUUUAUAGUUUCUUGCUUGAUGGCUCUUUUGUAGACCCGUUGUAUCUCUACUUGCCCAGCGUGAGAAGACAUGCAGGGUCUUCAUGUGUAAGGACCGACCUAAACUUACGGAUUGCUGUGACCUUUUUAAGGACUGUCACAGACAUUUUUAUCUAUUACACUUGAUAAUUAAGUUCCGGACUGCAUAUGUGGCGCCUAGUUCACGAGUAUUUGGCAGGGGGGAACUUGUCACGGACCCAAGAAAAAUUGCAGGAGAGAGAUAUCAGAUCCGAUUUCUUCAUUGAUUUUAUUGCUACUCUGCCUCUUCCCCAGAUGCUCAUUUGGUUUAUUAUACCAGCAACAAGAAGCCCUCUUGCUGAUCAGAAUAAUAAUGCUCUGGCAUUGAUUGUUCUGCUCCAAUAUGUUCCAAGGUUAUAUUUGAUCUUUCCACUAAGUUCAGAAAUAAUCAAAGCAACUGGAGUGGUUACCAAGACUGCAUGGGCAGGAGCCGCAUAUAAUCUGCUGUUGUAUAUGCUGGCCAGUCAUGUUUCGGGAGCAGCAUGGUAUCUUCUAUCAGUGGACCGGUAUACCUAUUGUUGGAAAUCUUUUUGCAAAAAGGAAUUUAGUCCUAAAGAUUGCUUUCUUUACCUGGACUGUGAUUCUCUUAACCUUGAGCACCGCAACAUAUGGGCAAAGAAUACAAGUGUGUUUAACAACUGCAAUCCCAGAAACAAUGAUUUUGAGUUUGGCAUAUUCGAAUCUGCAGUGUCAAAACAUGUUGUCUCCACAAACUUCAUCUCAAAGUACUUCUAUUGUUUAUGGUGGGGUUUGCAGCAACUCAGUUCUUAUGGGCAGAACUUGGAGACGAGCACUUUUAUGGGCGAGACAUCAUUUUCUAUUCUGAUUGCCAUCCUGGGUCUUGUGCUGUUUUCCCAUUUGAUUGGGAACAUGCAGACAUAUUUGCAAUCAACCACCAUAAGGCUCGAGGAGUGGAGGCUCAAGCGAAGAGACACUGAAGAGUGGAUGAGACAUCGCCAGCUCCCUGAAGAUUUGAGACGACGUGUUCGACGAUUUGUUCAGUACAAGUGGCUUGCAACUCGAGGAGUUGAUGAAGAAACAAUUCUACGUGGAUUACCUGCUGAUCUUCGCCGUGAUAUCCAACGCCACCUAUUCUUAGACCUUGUUCGACGAGUUCCCUUCUUCUCACAGAUGGAUGAUCAACUACUAGACGCAAUAUGUGAGCGGCUGGAGUCCUUUUUGAGCACUCAAGGCACCUUCAUUGUUCGGGAGGGAGACCCUGUGACAGAAAUGCUCUUUAUCGUCAGAGGUAGAUUAGAUAGUUCUACUACAAAUGGUGGUCGGAGUGGAUUCUUCAAUUCAAUCAUAUUGAGACCUGGAGAUUUUUGUGGUGAGGAACUACUUGCUUGGGCCCUGCUUCCAAAAUCGACCGUGAACCUGCCUUCUUCAACCAGGACCCUUAAAUCACUUACUGAGGUUGAAGCUUUUGCUCUUCGAGCUGAAGAUCUCAAGUUUGUGGCGAAUCAAUUUAGGCGCCUCCACAGCAAGAAGCUGCAGCACACCUUCCGGUUUUAUUCCCAUCAUUGGAGGACUUGGGCAGCCUGCUUCAUACAGGCUGCAUGGCAUCGAUAUAAGAAAAGGAUGUCUGCCAAAGAUCUUGCUUUCAGGGAAUCCUUCACCAUGGAUGAGAAUGUGGCCGAUGAGAGAGAACCUGAGGAUGAAUGUCCUGCCGAUUCAGAUUCUUCUCGGGCUAAAUUGAACCUUGGCGUCACAUUACUUGCGUCAAGGUUUGCUGCAAACACAAGAAGGGGAGCUCUAAAGAUUAAAGAUGACAUGCCAAAAUUGCAAAAACCUGAAGAACCUGACUUUACUGUUGAAGCUGAUGAUGACUAGCUUACUAAGUCUAUACAGAAGCACACUGCCACCGUUUCCCUAGGAUAAUGAUUCCUAGUUCAUAUGUACCCUGCUUAGCCUUUUUACAGCUUUGAAAUUGAAUCAUCAGUCUUGAUUGCUGAUAUUUGUAGAUAUGUCUUGAAUUUAGGGAAGCAGGUAAAUGGGCAGUCUGACUUGGCGGGUCUUCGUCAAUUUA